AUGUUUCUUCCUUACUAUGUUCCGGUGUCCGCCUAUGGACCCUUCCGCUCACCAGACUUUCAAUCUCCACAGGGCAAAGUUGCAGAACUACGGCAGGAAUUAAACAGCGGCGGAAAGAAGGACAAGAACCAUGCGGCGAAGAAGAUCGCCCUAAAGAAGAUCGUGGCCAACAUGACCAUGAGCAAUAAUGAUAUGGUGGCUUUGUUCCCAGAUAUAGUGGGAUGUAUGCAAAUACCCAGCUUGGAGAUCAAGAAGAUGUGUUUUCUAUUCCUUGUGAACUAUGCCCGCAUGAAGCCGGAGGUGGCAUUGAAGGCGCUCCCGACACUCGAAGAGGAUAUGCACGAUUCGAAUCCCUUAGUAAGAGCAUUAGCUCUACGGACGAUGUCUUAUAUACAUGUUAAGGAAUUUGUCGAAGCUACUGUGCCGCCUACCAAGCAGCUCCUUCGAGAUGCCGAUCCAUAUGUGCGGAAAACAGCAGCGUUCUGUGUUGCCAAGUUAUAUGAUCACGACAGGCACCUUGUGGAGAGCUCCGAUCUUAUUGAGAGACUGAACUCGAUGUUGAGAGAUGACAAUCCAACUGUUGUGGCAAGUGCACUUGCUAGUCUCAUGGACAUCUGGGAGAGGAGUGACGCAAUCAAGCUCACUAUCGAUUAUGGCAAUGCAUCAAAAAUGGUUCAGAUCUUGCCAGAUUGUUCAGAGUGGGGCCAGACGUAUAUUCUCGAAGCUUUAAUGUCUUACGUUCCUCAAGAGUCAUCUGAAGCUUUGCUCCUUGCAGAGCGAAUAUCUCCACGAUUAUCCCACUCAAAUUCGGCUGUGGUCCUCACAUGCAUACGAGUCAUUCUCUACCUGAUGAACUAUAUCGCGGAUCCAAAACAGAUAUCUGUCUUAUGUCGAAAGCUUUCACCGCCACUCGUCACCUUACUAGCCAAAGGACCAGAAGUGCAAUAUCUCGCUUUGCGAAAUGCCUUGUUAAUCUUGCAACGGCGGCCCGAGGUCCUUCGAAACGACAUUCGCGUGUUUUUUUGCAAGUACAAUGACCCAAUCUAUGUGAAGGUCACCAAAUUAGAACUGAUCUUCAUGUUGGCGACGGAAAAGAAUAUCGAUGAAGUAUUGACGGAAUUACGGGAAUAUGCUACUGAGAUUGACGUACAUUUUGUCCGCAAAUCUGUCCGUGCAAUUGGAAAGCUGGCUAUCAAGAUUGAACCAGCCGCUAGGCAGUGCAUUAAUACGCUGCUCGAGCUUGUAGCCACGAAAGUCACAUACAUCGUGCAAGAAGCAACGGUGGUGAUUCGCAAUAUCUUCCGAAAAUACCCCAAUCAAUACGAGUCGAUUAUUUCUACACUCUGUGAGAAUCUCGACUCGUUGGAUGAACCAGAAGCCAAGUCGGCGAUGAUUUGGGUCAUUGGCCAAUACGCUUCUCGUAUUGAAAACUCGGACGUCCUUCUAGACGACUUCCUCUACUCUUUUGCGGAUGAACCUGUGGAGGUCCAACUCGCAUUGCUUACAGCCACUGUCAAGCUGUUCAUUCAAAGGCCAACAAAGGGACAGGAGCUUGUUCCCAAGGUCCUAAAAUGGGCAACCGAGGAUACAGAUAAUCCAGAUCUAAGAGACAGGGGCUACAUGUACUGGCGACUUCUCUCAUCCGACAUGGCAACCGCUAAGGAGAUUGUAAUGGGCGAGAAACCAGCCAUCACUGCCGAGUCUGAGAAGCUUGAUCCAGUGACUCUAGAGGAGAUGUGUUUGAAUGUUGGAACCCUUGCGACCGUAUACCUCAAACCAGUACAACAAGUCUUCCGAUCAGCACGGCCAAGAAAGCUCGUGGAUAGCCCAGCACUGCAAAAGCACACCCUACCUACUGCAACCGACUUUGAACAGAAAGCUCUUUCAACGCUUGGGAUGGGUGAUCAACCCACGAUCCGACCACCACAAAGCAACGGCAACGAUAACCUCGCUGCUGCAGUAGACGCCGCGGACGAAUUCUUUGCAGGAGUGGGAAGCCAGCAAAUGGCACAAAUGAAUAUUAAUGGGCAGGAAGAGGGGUUCGGAGGUAGCCCGACUGUUGACAGAGGGGAAAUGCAGUACGUGGUCAAUCAAAAUAUGCCGAACCAGAUAUACCACCCCACGACGGCUCAUGGAUCGAAUGGAGAUUUAGUCAUGUUAUAG